GCACUCAACACCGGCACAGAACUCCGUUAGCAGGGAAGAGUGAGGUAGUUGGAGAGAGAGAGAGAGAGAGAGAGAGAGAGAGGUUUGGAGAGAUAAAGUGCAGAUGAAGAGAGAAAAGUUUGGAUGAGAAGGAAAAAAACAAGUAAGAAACAAAUACUAAACAAGUUGAAGAGGAGAAAGAGAAGAAAAAUAAAAAGAGAGAGAAGAAGAAGAGUGAGCUAAGGAUGGGCUCCCCAGUGCGCUGUACUGCUGCUGUAGUCGUCUCACUACUGGGUCUCCUCUACUAUAGUCCCCCUGUAUUGGGCCAGGAGCUACAGGAGAGGGACGCUCUGUGCAACGAGGACGGCUGCUUCGUAGUCUACUUUCAGCGCAAGACCUUCCUGGACUCCUGGAGGAGUUGCAAGGAGAAGGGAGGCAAUCUGGCCACAGUCAAACUCCAGGAGGAGGCUGACACGAUCGCUGCUCUCUUCUCCAGUGUGGAGCUACGGAGCCCCAGAACCAUGGUCCGGGUGUGGAUCGGUCUCCAGAGACAGCCUCGUCAGUGUACCGCCUCUCGCCCUCUCCGUGGGUUCACCUGGACUACGGGUGACCAGGAUACCCAGUACACCAACUGGCUCAGGGACGACUCGCCCAGCACCUGUUCGGCCCCGCGCUGUGUGGUUAUGACCUAUGGCACAGCCGCCCACGAGCAGCAUGAUAAUUUUAAAUGGCUGGACGGCUCGUGUUCGGUGCCAGUGGAUGGCUACCUGUGCCGCUACACCUACAAGGGCAUGUGCCCGGCGGUUUGGAGAGAGGGGGGCGGCAACGCCCUCUAUAGUACCCCCUUCAGCCUCCUCAGUAGCCUCCUUACCCACGUGCCCUUUGGAUCUGUAGCCACGAUGCCCUGCCCGGGGCGCACCGAGGAGGAGCAGUCAGUGUUGUGUAUGCUGAGGGAGGAUGGCACUGUGGGGUGGUCCAGGGAGAUGCCCCUCUGCACCGACACCACAGAGAAGAGCUGGUGUGAUCGGGACAAUGGAGGGUGCGAGCAUUUCUGCCGGGAGGCCGGGGAACACUACUACUGUGAGUGCUCGGACGGCUUCCAGCUCGGUGACAAUGGGCAGACAUGUGGCGCUGUCGACCCGUGCCACAGUGCCCCCUGCGAGUUCGAAUGCCUUCCCCUGUCGGACGGCUACCGCUGCGCCUGCCCCGAAGGCUACAUGCUGGCCCCGGAUGAGCGUGGCUGCCUGGAUGUAGAUGAGUGCCUGCAGAGCCCCUGCGAGCAGCUGUGCGUCAACGCCCCGGGGACCUUCGAGUGCCGCUGCCGUGAGGGCUACCGGCCGGACGAGGAGGGCGAGUGUGAGGAUGUGGACGAGUGCAUGGAGGACCCAUGCGAGCACGCCUGCGAGAACACGCCUGGCUCCCACGUCUGCCACUGCCACCUGGGCUUCUCCCCCCUGCCCGAGGACCCCUCCCACUGCCAGGACACCGACGAGUGUCAGAUCCCUGGGACAUGUCAGCAGAUGUGUGUGAACUACGAGGGGGGCUUCGAGUGUUACUGCGAGGUGGGCUACGAGCUACUCUCUGACCACUUCUCAUGCAGGAAGAUAGGGGAGGGUGAGGACUCAACUACCGCAGCCACGCCCUCUUACCCCUGGGUCACCCGCCAACCCGGCCCCAAGUGGGACCCCCAGGAACCCGUGUACCACUGGAUCCCCCAGCAGGCCAACACCGACUGGCCCCCGGAGGAGGAAGAGUCCCUGGACUGGCUCACAGACCCUCCCAGGCUGGAGAGUGACAUUAUCUGGGUCACCAGCGCACCCCAGGAGGAGCCAGUCCUAAACCACAACCCAUUCCUGGUCCCCCCCACGGAAGAGCCAGAGGAGGAGGAGGAAGAAGAGGAGGAGUAUACACCCGGCUGGGACAUCAUGAAUUGGAAUGCCCCAGCCAAGGUCCAGCCAGAGUUGGAACCCACGCCCAGUCUCUCUCCCAGCCCCACAUCCGACACAUCCCCCACCCCAACUCCCACACCUGACUGGUAUGAGGAGGAGGAGGAUGACGAAACCACUACCAGUCCCUCAGUCCUCCCCACCUCCACAAUCUCGGGAGGGGCAUGGAACUGGUUCUGGAUCAGUUCCACCACCUCCAGCCAGGAAGAAGGACUUACCAUGUGGCAGGAGCCAAUCACUGACCAGUACGUCCCCGCAUCCAACUAUGAUGAAGCUGAGGAGAAUGAGGAAGAGGGGGGAAUUGACGAUGAAUGGGUGAUAUCCCCCCCAGAGAUGGGCCAGGGUGAGAACCAGAAACAGCACACCCCCUCCCUGCCUCCUCCCCUGGCUCCCCAAACUCCCCUCACCCCCGACCAGGGCGUUAAAGAGGUGGAGGUGGAGGUGGAGGAUGAGAGGGGGCCGCCCCAGGAGGACGAGGUGGAGGGGGAUGAGAGGGGGCCGCCCCAGGAGGACGAGGUGGAGUGGGAGGAUGAGAGAGGGCCGCCCCAGGAGGACGAGGUGGAGGGGAAGGAUGAGAGGGGGCCGCCCCAGGAGGACGAGGUGGAGGGGAAGGAUGAGAGGGGGCCGCCCCAGGAGGACGAGGUGGAGGGGGAGGAUGAGAGAGGGCCGACCCAGGAGGAUGAGGAGGACGAGGUGGAGGGGGAGGAUGAGAGGGGGCCGCCCCAGGAGGACGAGGUGGAGGGGGAGGAUGAGAGGGGGCCGCCCCAGGAGGACGAGGUGGAGGGGGAGGAUGAGAGGGGGCCGCCCCAGGAGGAUGAGAGCAGCCAGAAGCAGGAUGGUGUCAACUGGCUGCUGGUAGGCCUCCUGGUGCCACUCUGCAUCUUCAUCGUGGUGAUGGUGGCACUGGGCAUCAUCUACUGCACCCGCUGCGCCGUCACGCCACGCAACAAGUCCGCCACCGACUGCUACCAUUGGAUCUCCGGGGCACACGACAAGCAGGGCGCGCCCAAUCCCAGCAAGGGGAUGCAGUCACAUGUUUAAACAGACGAAUGAGGAAAGACUUGUACAUAAAUAAACAGUUUUAUAAAUAAGAGGAUAGGAAAUGAAGAAGGUGAGAGAGGACUUGGGUGGUUAUUUUACUGUUUAUUGCCUCCUCCCAUCAUCACUCUGUUGCCGUACUGUCACUCUGUGAACACUUGGAUGUUUCUGUGGAAUAUCGGUUGAAAGAGAAGAAACAGGAAGCAAUACUAAAAGAACACUGAUCCUUUUCUUGGGGUGCUUUGACAUGUGGUAGAAAAAAACAUAUUAUUGUUGCUUACACUGAUCUCACGGCACAAGGUAUGUGAUCACUAUAUGAUUGCACUAUAGGGUCAUAAUAGAAACCAUCCAUUGGGAUUGUUGUUGAAUACGUCAUCUGGUUAUAUUUACAGAUGCUGUGGGAAUAUACUGUUAAUAUAUCACCAGUGCCACCUGAAAGCCAAAGCCAAAGACCUAUACUGUAGCUAAUAGCAUUUUUGUAGUCAAUGAAAUCUGGGUGUCUGCAUCUUUCAAACAAACGCUCAGGUUUUAAUGCCCAAUUGAGCUCAUUUCCCAAAGUGUGGCAUCACAAAUGACUAUUUUUGUCAACUUCGUUAAAGAAGCAGUUUUUUAUUUACCUCAGAAGUUGGUGAAUGAAGGCGGUUGUGUUUCACGCCCCUUUGCAGGACAACAGGCAUUUCGGCAGUUGGACCAAACUAUGCAAGCAUGACUGUCAUGACGCUGUUGACGGUCAUGACCCUGUUGACUGUCAUGACCCUGUUGACGGUCAUGACCCUGUUGACGGUCAUGACGCUGUUGACGGUCAUGACGCUGUUGAGAAAAAGCAAUCACUUGGAUAUGACUUUUAUGCUUGUGCUUUUUUAAGUACCCGAACAAAUCAAUUCACACCGCAGACCAAAUUUUGUUUUAUACAGUACGCGUGUAUAUAUGUGUUUGAUUGACUGUUUUUGUAUAUGUACUGUAUAGUUUGUAGCAAUGACGUUUCCAUAAAAUGUAUUAGUGUCAUGAUUCCUGAUUGAAUGAAGUGCCUUUUGUUACAUGUAGAACUCUUGGUAAUGCCAUGGAAUGUCUGUCUGUCUGAGGGGAUGGUUCCUUCCAUUCAACUUCAAUUGAACUAACUCUCCUAGUCCUCUCACCCAUAUUCCUCAUGUAGGUUAGAGUGCAGAUGUAAGAUGUGUUUGUAUUACAGACUGCCUGGACUGUAAUGGGGGUCACAGGCUACCGAUUGACUUCACCAUUGGCCUUGUUAGUGGACUUGUGAUCUUUCAAUCGCUCCCCAGUCCCAUGUCACAUAACUCUUUAGCACGUUCCACUCCCUCUUGUCACAGGCCUGCCCUUAACAUUCUAUGGACUUUAUUAAUAGCCAUGAUGGAACAGUACCAACAUUUAGGGUUUGAAGUCAAUGCACCUUCUAGCAACCUUUGACAGUAACUGCAGUCCCCAUUCAAAGGAUGGCUUGCACUCGUAAAUGACAGACAAUAAACAAUGACAGACAAUGAAAUCAAUCUAAGAUGUGCCUUCUGAUCUAAGGACUGUGAAAUGCUUUUUCAUUUUUGUUACCCAUUACGUUUUAAGUAAUUGCUAAUUAAAAUGUUACGAUAAGGGUU